AUGCUAGUCGCAAGAAAGCAGCAGCAGCGACCAGGACAAAGGGGACCGCGGCAUCGAGGCCCCACGAAGCAACGUCAGCAGUUUUUCUGUACCGGAUCGGGACGCGACGAGAUACGAGGGACUCGCAUUCGCAACACGACGACUGAUUGCGAAACGAGCAGCGUCACAGCGUCGAAAGAACAAGCAAAGCACGCAGCAGUAGUCGACAUGUCUUCGGAUCAAGACUACAUGGCGUUCCUGAACAAGGCCAACAACGACGCCGACGAGGCCCACGCCAAGUCGUCAAAGACGGCGCGCGCGCAGCUCAAGUCGCUGGAUGCGGGGCAAACGGCGCCGCAGGGCAUUGUAAAAGUAUGCAAAGAGGCCGUGUACUCGAGCGACGCGGAUGAGCCGUUUGAGCCGGUGUCGCUCAAGUUUACGGGCGCGGGUGGACUACCUGACGAGGAGGAAUUCGCCAAGCUCAUCGAGCACUGGGACGUGGCCAAGGCCGAGAUUAGUAUCCUGGACCCGCUGGACUGGGAUUCCAACGGACAGUACACGCAGGUGCUGGAGGCGGUGCGGGAUGCGAGCAAGGGCAACGACGUGCGGGUGUACCGGGUGGUGCGCGACACGACACGGGUGGAAUACUGGGUAAUUACGAGGGCAGGCGAACGGAUUGUGGGCGCCAAGGCGUUGGCGGUCGAGUCGUGA